CCUCCUCCUUCGAUUUCUCUCCCCCUCCUUUCGGUUUCGACUGCUCUCUAAUACGCUCAGCUUUGACUGCCUUCCUCUUGUAGAAAUUAACUUGCAUUUUAGUCUGUUUAUUGUCCCCUUUUUUUCUCUGUAACUUUCCCUCCUUCCUCUGCUUUCUCCGCCUUCUUAGAUCCACACCCCACUCCAAUUUCAACUGCAUUUGGGGUCAGUAAAUGAAUGGAUCGCUCCGGGCCAGCUUCAUUCUAUAUGCAGCAGAGAGGGAUUGGCGGUUUGGGUCCAACCGGGCCACAGUCGGGUCUCAAUGUCUCCCCUUCCGGCGCCAUGAACCCUCUUUCCAACCCCCCCGUGCAGUUCCAGUCCAACAUGGGUGGUGGUGGUGGCGGUGGCAAUGGACAGCAGCAGCAAGCUUCAAUGUCGCCUCUUAACGUCGGCCCAACUUCGGCGGUGGCCCCAAUUGGGGGGCCGGUGGUGAAGAGGAAAAGAGGGAGGCCGAGGAAAUAUGGUCCCGAUGGGACUGCUUCGUUGGCAUUGUCGCCUUCAAUGUCCACUCUCUCGGAGAUCAAAUCCGCAACGGGAGGCUUCAACGACAACUUCAUCAUCGGAGUGGGAGGCUUCGGCGCCGUGAGACAUGACCCGACCCGGCGCAGCAGUCAAAGCUGAGGUGGAAAUUAUAAAUAUUUAAAAUUUAU